AUGAAAAAAGUAAUUUAUUUUAUAUUUUUAUUUUUAUUUUUGAAAUCAGUGGUUCAAUCAAUAAGAGCACCUAAUCCUGAAAGUAUUAAUUUAACACCUACAAAUAUUACUUUUAGAUUUAAAGAAUCUGAAAGUUAUUAUGCAAGUUGGACAAUGAAAUAUAAUUCUACAACAUUAGUAGAUGCUCAAGUUUCAUUUGACUGCGGUACACCAUCAGGUGGUUUUAGAAAUUGUUUAUUAAUUACUAAUAGACGAAUGUCAAGAUUAUUUGGGACAACUUCAUCAACAUUUUGUGCAGUUGAUAGUAGUGGACAAGUUUGUUUUAUUUCGAUGACAAAUGCUAAAAUUCCAUCACCAAUUAAUGUAAAAUUUACUAGUAAACCAUCAACAAAGGGCGGUAAUGUAAUUGUCACUGGAAAUUAUUUAAGAUUAUUAUCUCAACAACUUAAUAUUAUUCAAUCAUCAACAAAUGUAACUAUUAAAGUAAUUGGAAAUUUUGAAGAUCCAACAUUUGAUUGUAAUAAUCUAACAUUAUCAUUCCCACCAGGAUCUGGCAAAAUGGAUUUAAUGUUUGACUUGGUUAAAAAAUUUGAAUUUUCAUAUGAAUCUCCAAUUAUAAAUUCAAUAAAUUAUGAUCCAAAUAAUUCAAAGAUUUCGAUUUAUGGUGAUAAUUUUUAUACUGAAAAACAACUUAUAAAUAUUCUAUUCAAUGGUAUAUCACAAAAUACAUUUUCAAUUAUACAAAAUGAUACAUUAAUUCAAGUUGAUAAAUUUAUUCAAGAUACUGGUGGUCCAAUGAAAAUUCAAAUCUCAGUAAAUAAUAUUUCAAUGGAUACUAAUUAUUCUUAUUGUUUCCCACCUAUUCCAUCAUCAAUAAAUUCAAUAUCAAACCAUAUUUUUGGUAUAGUUACAAUUAAAGGAUCAUAUUUUAAUAAUGAUAGUGAAAUUGUAAAAGUUAAAAUUGGAGAUAACGAUUGUAAAGUAUUAAACUCAACAUUAAAUGAAAUUCAAUGUCAAUUAAGUCCCGAUCAAAUUGGUGGUUCAAAUUUAAAUGUAAAAAUUAAUAUUGGAGGAUGUAUUGAUAAUUCAAAUUUAACAUUUACCUAUGGAAAACCAACUUUAUAUUCCCAUACACCAAUUAAAUCAAAUGAUACUACUGUAACAUUAGUUGGUAUAAACUUUGGUUUAUUAAAUGAAACAAUUAUAAAAAUUCAAGGUUUAAAUGAUAACAUUUUACCAAUUUCAAUUAAUAAUGAUGAAACCCAAUUAAUAUUUAAUUUACAAAAAUCAAAAUGUAAACCAAUUGUUACAAUUAUUCAUAAUAAUUUUUCAUCAAAUUCAAUUACCAUUAAAACACCAUUAACAAUUACAUCAUUAAAUUCACCAUUUGUUUCAAACACUUCAUCAUUAACUUUAAAUUUAAUUAAUUAUGAUUGUACAAAUACUGCUAAAGUUUCAUCAAUUAUUGAUAACUCUUUUAAAAAUGAAAUCACAUGUUCAAAACCAUCUAUUCAACAAAAUUCAGAAUAUUAUUCAACAAUUUGUCAAAUUCCUCCAGGUACCGGUAAACAUUCAAUACAAAUUAAAUAUCAAACUGAAAAUUCAACAACCCAAUUCUCAUAUAUGCAACCAUCAAUUACAUCUUUUGAAAUUUAUAAUAUGACAGUAGUAACGAUUUAUGGAUAUAAUUUUGGUACAGAAAUUUCAUUAUUAAAAGUAAAUUUCUCUGGUAGAAAUCCAGAGAUUCAAACUAUCAAUGAUAAUAAAUUUACUUUUACUUUAAUAGAAUCUGAUUAUAAUUCUCUAUUAAACAUUACUGUUGAUGGUAUACAAUCACAAUCAUCAAUACAAAUAAUAAAACCAACUCCCACACCAACUCCUUCCCUCAUAACACCAUCGCCAACUCCAGUUGAGAAAAAUGAAAGUUCAGCAUUCUCACUUGGUUUAAACAACAAUUUAAUUUUAUUCAUUUCAAUAUUACAUUUAAUUUAUAUAAAUUAUUUAAAUAAAAAAUAA